AUGGUCUUCGGAAAACUUUACACCAUGCGGGACAAUCCCCGGUCCAUACCUAUCAUCGCGAUCGCUAAGGCCAACAACAUAGAGCUUGAGAUCGUCGAAACAAAACCUGGCUCAGAAUGCCCAGAAUAUCGAAAAAUAAAUAAAUUAGGAAAAGUCCCAACUUUCGUUGGAGCUAAUGGCUUUGUCCUUCGCGAAACUAUCGCAAUCUCCAUGUACAUAACUAGCCAAAAUCCAAAAACAGAACUAUUAGGUAAAACAAAAGAAGAAUACGUUUCUAUUUUGCAAUGGAUGUCCUUCAUUAACGGAGAGAUUGCUUCCUCAUUCUCCGGCUGGCUUCUCCCAAUAUAUGGCCGAACCCAAUACAACAAAAAGGUAGUAGAUGAGUCUCUUAAAGCAACAAACAGGGUACUAGAAACUCUUGAGGAACAUCUCCUCCACAACACCUACUUGAUUGGAGAUAUUCUGUCUCUUGCCGAUAUAUUCUGUAUUGGAAUAAUGUCUAGAGGGUUUCAAUAUCAGUUUGGAAAAGAAUGGCGGGCAGCACAUCCCACUAUCACUCGUUGGUACGAAACUGUCUACAACCAGCCUAUUUAUCUUGACGUUGCUGAGGAGUUGAAAUUUAUUGAUGAACCCAUCAAAUAUCAAACUCUAAAGAAAGAAGCACCUCCUAAGGCUGUUGCAAAGCCAAAGAAGGAAGUAGAAGCUGAAGAGGAGGAAGAAACACAUGAAGCCCCCAAAGCCAAACACCCUCUCGAGGCCCUACCGAAGCCCUCGUUUGUUCUCGACGAGUGGAAAAGGCAAUAUUCAAAUAACGAGACACCUGACGCUCUUAAAUGGUUUUGGGAAAACUACAAAUCUGAAGAAUAUUCAUUAUGGAAGAUACAGUACAAGUAUAAUGAGGAACUUAGUCACGUAUUCAUGUCUUCGAAUUUGAUUGGUGGUUUUUUUGCAAGGUUAGAAGCAUCCCGGAAGUAUAUUUUCGGCUGCGCCUCUGUAUUUGGAGUAAAGGACGAUUCAGUCAUUCAAGGUGCUUUUGUAAUCCGGGGCCAAGAUGCUGCUCCGGCCCUCGAUGUGGCUCCCGAUUUUGACAGCUACGAGUGGUCCUGGGAGAAGCCAAUUACCGUCAACGGAAAGGAGUUUGUGUGGGCCGACGGAAAAGUUUUCAAGUAG